AUGGAAUAUAACAUCUCACACAAUGGAACCGAGAGCUUCUACAAUAGAACCAGUCUACCAGAAGAUCAAGGCACAAUUCCUCUAGGAGUGUUUUUGAUGAUCACUAUAACUCUACUCAUUUGCCUCUGGGGACUUGUGGGAAACGGAGGUACCAUCUGGCUCCUUGGGUUCCACAUUAAGAGGAAUAAUUUCUCGACUUACUUCUUGAAUCUCUCCAUUGCUGACUUUGGUGUCCUCAUAGGUCUCAGUGCCAUUGAUGUAUAUUGGCUUAUAGCCCAAGCUAGUCAUAUAGAAUAUGGCGAUCCACUAAAGACGUUAUUUCGUGGUCUUUUCUUGUUCAUGUACAGUACUGGUUUAUGCAUCUUGACUGCCAUCAGCAUUGACAGGUGCACAGCUGUUUUUUUCCCACUUUGGUAUCGAAUCCACCGUUCCCGGAAAAUGUCCGCCAUUGUAUGUAACAUAAUAUGGGUGUUCAACUUCCUAUUUUCUUCUCUACAUGUCACUCUCUUGUUAACAACCGGAUAUUAUAUGCUAAGGUUCUACCAAUUUCUCCUGAAUGCCCUAAUUCUCACUCCUGUAAUGACUAUCUCCACGUUAGCCCUUUCAUUGAAAGCCUGUUCAUUAUCUCCUCAUCAUAAGCAAGGGAAACUUUGGAUCACCAUCUUGCUCACUCUUCUCUUUUUUCUCUUUUUUGCUUUUCCAAUGAACGCUAUUCAGUAUCUCUCACUGUAUUAUCCCCAGUUUGAUAAUCCGUAUGUCUAUGAAUAUGCCUAUAUUUGUUCUUCCUUAAAUAGCACCAUUAACCCACUCAUCUAUUUCCUGGUAGGAAGAGACAAAAGAAGACCAUCUAGAAUGACAAUCAAGUUAAUAUUUGAGAAAGUUUUUAAGGAAGAGGAAAGCCGUGGAACGGAACUGGAAACCUCAGUCACAACCAAAUCAGAUGUAUAA